AUGAGGAAAGGAAAUACGGAACAGAAGCGGAAUGAUUUAUGGAAAGCGAUGCUGAAACUAAUGUCACUGACUAGUGAUCCGGAAAAUGAUGAAAUUGAUGGCGCUGUCCAAGAAUUAUUCGUUGAUGAUCCUCCUUUCUGGUUAAACAAUCACAUAGUAUUCGGAUCAUUAGUAGCUGCAUUUGACAAAGACAUAGAGAUCAAAGUAAUGAAAUUAAAAUCACUUCAAAAAAGAGUCGAACACCAAAUCAAGGUAAAAAACGCAGAUGAAAUACGAAAACAAAAUGUAUUAAGCGAAAUACAGAAAAUAGAAAGCGAUCUUGCAACUGAAAGCACAGAUCAAAGCGCAGAUACUUUUAGCACAAAUGUUGAUUCACAAAUUCAAGAAUAUGAUCGUUUAUGCAGAGAAAAACGCCAAGAUCUUCAAGCAUUAGAAGAAGAAUGUGAUCAACUUGAAAAAUACUACGAUGAAGUUGAACAAGAAUUAACGAAGCAAAAAAACGUCCGAGAUAUAUACCAACAGCAUCUUCUUGAUUGCUCAAAGAUAAUUCGCGAUUUCCGAAAGCAAAAUGAGAAAAUCCGCCUAUUUUUACAGACAAUUAUUAGUCAUAGAAACGCAUUGCAUCAAACACAAAAAGAUUUAAUAAUUACAGGUGACAAACUCAUUAAAGCGCGUGCUGACAAUGAGAAAACCAUUAAAAAACUCGAAGAUAAAUACGGAGAACAUCAACAAUUAGUUCAAAAAUUAGAAGAAACAGAAAUCAAAAUAAAACAAGCAGAACAACAGCAAGAAAUGACAUUAACUAAAAUGAUUGAAGCUGUUAAGACAUCAGAACAAGCCAAAGCGGAAGUAUCAAAGCAAAGUGCUGUUAAUCUGAAACUUUCAAAUGAAAUCCAAAGAAUUCGAAAUUUGACAAGAGAAAAAUCACAACAAUUGUCAAGAAAUUUGGAUGAACAUUGCAAAGGAAUAGAAAGAGGUUACGCAAACGCAUUGAGUGAAAUAACUACUAAAAUAAAAGAAAUAGAGACAGAGAAUAAAGAAACCGUACAAGACAGAGCAGUUGUUCAGAGAAGACUCGAUUUAGCUACUCAAGAAAAUCAAAAAUUAGUUGACAAAAAAGGUGACAAUGGUUUUCAGGAAUUUUUGAAUGAAAUGAGGAGAUUGAAAGAUGAUAGUGAAGAAGUUAUAUUAAAGAUAGACGAGAUGAAGGUUAAUUCGAACAAAUUCGCAGAUGGAAUUAGUUCUGUUAAAACGAAAAUUGUUCAAAUUUCUCGAGAUUGCAGAGAUGAAUUACAACUUUUAGAAGAAAGAGGCAAAAAUUUGGAAGAAGAAGUGAAAGUAGCAAUCGAACAACGUGAUGAAGUUAUCACUACUAAUGAGAGGAUUUCAGCAGAAAACAGAGAACUUAGGAAACAAAUCGUUCAAGCACAUUCUCAAUCAAAAAUUGAUAUGGAAAAUGCAAUGAAUGAUAAAGAAGAAGAAAUUGAUGAAAUGAAGAAACAAAUAGAAAGGGCUGUAGCUGAAUCCUCAAGAGCUGUUGAGAAUAUAACAGCAGCUGCUGCAGGAUACAAGCAACAUGCAGAUAAAUGGAGAUGCCAGAUGGAUAUAAUUAACGCAGAAGCUGCAGAAGUUAAAUCAAAUACUUUGCAAAGAAAACAAAGUAAAAGUGAUGAAUAUAAAUCAUUGAGAACUCGUGCAGAAGAUUUAUCCAAACAAUCAGAGGAAAUGAAGUUCCAAAUAGCUGAAACAGAUAGAGAAAUUGCUCUUCUAAAAUCAGAAAUAGCUGAAAGAGAUUCUGGAAUUAGAAAGGCAAAAAGAAGAAUAAGAGGAAUCGAACAAGUAAGAAUGGACUUCACUUCUCAGAUUCAGGAACUUAAAAGAAUGCAAAAGGGCCUCGACCAAAAGAUUCAAAAGUAUGGUUCCGAACUUUACCUCAUCCAAGCAGAAAAUCAAUAA